CCCAUCGGUAGCUACCACCCCCUUGGGCACGACAGCUGCUCCAGCUGCUCCUGGUCGGGUCGAGCUUCUAAGCUCUGAACAGCGGCUUCCCCGGGCGGUGGGCGAACUGAGGUGAUCCCAAGAAGACUCGCGGGGUGGGCCGACCGGGGAGCCGCAAGCCGCUGGCGGGGAGCGUGGGCCACCGAGGGACUGGCCACUGGAUCCAGCCAGAGAAGUGCCUCAGCGGUAGCAUCCCAGCCCAAAUCUUGUGUCGUGAAAUCCGAGACUUUGACCCAGAUAAUGUGAUAGGAUCUUCCUGUGAUUUGGGGCCAUAUCCUACUUAGAUGAACUCGGAACUUCCAGCUUCACCGAGCGCUUGGCACUACAGGCAGGCUUCUUGCUUGCUUGGUAGAGGUUAUCAUGCCAUCUCUGCCUCAAGACGGAGUUAUUCAGGGAUCAUCUCCUCUGGAUCUGAGUACAGAAUUGCCUUACCAGUGCACAAUGAAAAGGAAAGUGAGAAAAAAGAAGAAGAAGGGAAUUAUUACAGCGAAUGUUGCUGGAACAAAGUUUGAAAUUGUUCGUUUAGUCAUAGAUGAGAUGGGAUUUAUGAAAACUCCUGAUGAAGAUGAGACAAGCAAUCUUAUCUGGUGUGAUGCUGCUGUGCAGCAGGAGAAGAUUACAGACCUGCAGAACUACCAGAGAAUCAACCAUUUUCCAGGAAUGGGGGAGAUCUGUAGGAAGGAUUUCUUAGCAAGAAAUAUGACGAAAAUGAUCAAGUCUCGGCCUAUGGAUUAUACGUUUGUUCCGCGAACAUGGAUUUUCCCUUCUGAAUAUACUCAGUUCCAAAACUAUGUGAAAGAAUUGAAGAAAAAACGGAAGCAAAAAACUUUUAUAGUAAAACCAGCUAAUGGUGCAAUGGGUCAUGGGAUUUCAUUGAUAAGAAAUGGGGAUAAGAUCCCAUCACAGGAUCAUUUGAUAGUUCAAGAAUACAUCGAGAAACCUUUCCUAAUGGAAGGCUACAAGUUUGAUUUACGGAUUUAUAUUUUGGUUACGUCCUGUGAUCCAUUAAAGAUAUUUCUCUACCAUGAUGGGCUUGUGCGCAUGGGCACUGAGAAGUACAUCCCACCAAACGAGUCCAACUUGACCCAGUUAUACAUGCAUCUGACCAACUACUCGGUGAACAAACACAACGAACGGUUUGAGCGCAAUGAAACUGAAGACAAAGGCAGCAAGCGUUCCAUCAAGUGGUUCACGGAAUUCCUACAGGCCAAUCAGCAUGAUGUCACUAAGUUCUGGAGUGAUAUUUCAGAGUUGGUGGUAAAGACCCUGAUUGUAGCAGAACCUCACGUCCUGCAUGCGUACCGGAUGUGCAGACCUGGUCAGCCCCCCGGGAGCGAAAGCGUCUGCUUCGAAGUCCUGGGGUUCGACAUCUUGCUGGAUAGAAAGCUCAAGCCAUGGCUUCUGGAGAUUAAUCGAGCCCCAAGCUUUGGAACUGAUCAGAAAAUCGAUUAUGAUGUUAAAAGGGGGGUUCUGCUAAAUGCGCUGAAACUGCUGAACAUCAGGACCAGCGAUAAAAGGAAAAACUUAGCCAAACAAAAAGCCGAGGCUCAGAGGAGGCUGUACGGUCAAAACCCAGCAAGAAGGCUUUCGCCAGGCUCCUCCGACUGGGAACAGCAGAGGCACCAGCUGGAGAGGCGGAAAGAAGAGUUGAAAGAGAGACUCCUUCAAGUGCGAAAGCAGGUUUCGCAGGAAGAACAUGAAAACCGUCACAUGGGGAAUUACAGGAGAAUUUAUCCUCCCGAAGAUAAAGCACUGCUUGAGAAGUAUGAAGGUUUGCUGGCUGUUGCCUUCCAGACCUUCCUCUCAGGAAGAGCAGCUUCAUUCCAGCGAGAAAUGAACAAUCCUCUGAAAAAGAUGCGGGAGGAAGAUCUUCUGGAUCUUCUGGAACAGUGCGAAAUCGAUGACGAAAAGCUGAUGGGGAAAACCGCCAGGGUCCGAGGGCCGAAGCCCCUGUGCUGCAUGCCAGAGUGUGCAGAGGUCCCGAAGAAGCAGAAGUAUUACGGCAGCAGUGACAGCAGCUACGACAGCAGCAGCAGCAGCAGCAAUUCAGAGCUGGAUGAGAAUGAAAAGGAGCUGUGUCAGAAGAGACUAGACCAAGUCCCAUAUAGCCUUAAGCACACCAGUCACUGCAAGAUAAUCCAGCAACCCAAUUCCAUGAGGCGUUCGGUCAGCUGCCCUCGGUCCAUCUCUGCUCACUUACCUUCCAGAGGGGAUGCGCGUCCCUAUUCCUCUCAACAAGUGAUACCAUUAGCACGACCAACGUCAGCGUCUCGGUCACAUUCCUUAAACCGUGCUUCCUCCUACGCGAGACACCUGCCUCACAGCAAUGACGCCAGCUCUACCAACACUCUGAAUGAGUCUUUGCGGCAAUUGAAAACCAAGGAGCAGGAAGAUGACCUCACCAGCCAGACCUUGUUUGUGCUCAAGGACAUGAGAAUCCGCUUUCCGGGGAAGUCAGACGCAGAGUCGGAGCUCCUGAUAGAAGAUAUCAUGGAUAACUGGAAGCAUUAUAAAACAAAAGUGGCUUCAUAUUGGCUCAUAAAGUUGGACUCUGUAAAACAACGGAAAGUUUUGGACAUAGUAAAAUCAAGUAUUCGUACAGUUCUUCCAAGAAUCUGGAGGGUCCCUGAUGCUGAAGAACUGAGUUUAUACCGGAUUUUCAACAGGGUAUUCAAUCGCCUACUCUGGAAUCACGGCCAAGGACUGUGGAGCUGUUUCUGUGACUCAGGAACCUCUUGGGAGAGCAUCUUCAGUAAGAGCCCUGAGGUGGUGACUCCCCUGCAGCUCCAGUGUUGCCAGCGCCUGGUGGAGCUUUGCAAGCAGUGCCUGCUAGUGGUUUACAAAUACACGACGGAAACAAGAGGACCCAUCUCAGGCAUCGGUCCUGACUGGGGGAACUCCAGGUAUUUGCUACCAGGAAGUACCCAAUUCCUUAUGAGGUCACCACUGUACAACAUGAAAUAUAAUUCACCCGGAAUGACUCGCUCCAAUGUUUUGUUUACGUCCCGCUAUGGCCGCUUGUGAAACUGAAUGGAAGAUUGCCAUGGGCUUGCUUAAUAGCAAUUCAUUUAUUUUCUCCAGUUGAACCUUAAGGAAGUGACCCUUAUAUGCUGUUUUAUGUAUAUAUGUCAUAUAAGUGUGUGAAGUAAAUACACACAUGCACUCAAGUAACAUAUAAAUAUAUAUAUUUAUUAUAUGUAAGAAAAAUUAGCAGAAAACUGAAUAUAAGAUUUAACCUUUCUGGAAAUGUAAUAAACCAUGUUAAAGUUGUUUACACAAAUACGCAAAUGUGUAGAUUUGCUAGGUUUAUAAUUAAUUACUUCCUACUAGAAAUGUUAUUUUUGCUGCAGAGUUGAUCCUGAAGCUCCCAUCAUAGUGUUAUAAAUUAUUUUCUAGAUAAUAGGUCUUUCGACUUGAGAAAACACUGAUAGUAUCUUAUUACUUCUCUCACUAUUAGUAGUUAUUUAAUAGUGAAACAUAAGACUUAGAUGCCUGGGGUUGGCUUGAUGAUAGGGUUAGGAUCAAACAGGUUUGUUGUUACUAUAGCACACUGUAAAGUUCUAGAAAAUAGCCCGCCUGACUCUCCAACAUUUUACUCCCCUAGGUGGGAAUUUAGCUGCUUGUUCUAGUGCACAUUUUCAGUAAAGGUUUGGUAAGAUCACGAAUCAUGCAAAAACGAGAGGCAAUCCAGUGGAUUAAGAAUAAAAUGCAAACAUGCUUUAAUGUGACUCUUCAUGGGGAGUCCCAUUGAGAAGAAUGAUGAUGGCAGGGACAGAAAUUUGGUUGUAUGACUUCUGUGUCACUUUCCUUUGGAAAGUAUAUCAUUGAUGGGCCUAUGCCUCUCAGCAUUGAGGCCAAUUUACCUCACAAAGUCCAAUAAGAGUAGUUUCCUCAUUUCUCCUCAGAAAAGAAUCCAAAGACUCUGAAGAGUCCAGUGAGUCCAGGUCACAGAAUUGGUGUCAUCCGGAGGGAGUCUUUAUUCAGAGUUCAGUAUAAAGUUGUCUUCCUGUCCAGCGGCUUCAUGCUUGUGCUUCAGAGCAACAUGCUCCUCAUCUUCCGUGCCGUCUGAAAACCAAUGUGUGCUCUCGGGUUUCCAUACAAAUAGAGACAUAUUCCCUAUGGCUCUGUGAACCCAGAAAAUACAAUAUUUGCUGAAACUUCCCUCCAAUGAUUUCUCUCAUACAUGUUAAGUUUCUGCAAAACUCAGAAUAUUUGCCACCUUCUUACAUUUUUACGUCUGUUCCCCAUAAAUGAAGAAAGGACUCCAAAGUUGCAGUAAGAGGUCUUUUGGCCUGGUCUCAUUCAAAGCUGGAUGGAUGGUGACCCGAAGUUGUAAGAUUUAAGUAUUUUGUUUUAAAAACUACCUUUGAAGAGUAUAUUUUAAAACUGUAAUAUUCAUUUGGCACACACAUUACGGGCAGCUACUUAAGUUCUUUAUGGCUGCCUACCCACAUGCAUUCCAGUAGAGACUUUUCUUACUGGAAGCAUCCCACAGAAUUUUGUCUUAUGUUUUUGAGAGAGAAUAAAGCCUCCAGACCAAGUAGAUGAAUGAGCUUGGUACUUAGGAGUCCAUAUUGUGGAUUCUUCAACAUGGCAGAGAGUCCUUAGAAUAACUGAUGCAAAUACUGGAACACUUCAGGACUUUUAUGGAAAUAAUGAACAAAGCAGCCCCUUUUGGGGUUUAUUUGUAGCCAUAUUUGUUUUUAAUUCAUGAUUUAAAAAUCAGGGAGGAAUAAAAGAAAAAAACGUGAAAGUCAUGGAUAUGUCACUUAAAGUGAUUGGUAAGUGAUACAACCCAGUUUGUUGGCCAUUCACUUUGUCUUAAAUCACAAAUGAUCAUUUAAUCGCAUAGAGUAUAUACUUUGAAACUUCUAUCACAUACUAGGAAGGAAUUUUCAUUAAAAAAAGGGGUGGGGGGAGAUGUCCACAUAAGGGAAUUCUCACCCUAGAAAGAGUAAAUGGAAAUACAAAAGCUGCCAAGCAUUUGUGAAAGACCAUUUCCUUAUCUAUCCAAGCAAGGCCUUGUUUUGAGCACUAGAAUUUCAUUGCCUAUAUUUUCCUGUUGGGACAAGUGGGGUAGGAUGAAGUGUUGCAGGAAGCUGUGUGCUCAUUUUUUAUGUGCAUUACCUGGGGUGCUGUGAACUGUGGUUGUCAUAGCACCAUCCCCUAAUGAGCAGCCAUGGGAAGAUAUGAUAAUGAACCGUGGGAGUCUCAGGAGGCCACAGACAGGUAUUGGGGUUAUAGAAUACUCUUUAGUUUGUUUUUUUUUUUAAAUCAAUUUCUUAUGCUUAUACUUAAAACACAUCUGCAGUAGAGGCAGUGUAAAUCUCUCUUUAAUAGAAGAGAAAGAAAAUUCCAGAAGCUAGUUAAUUUCAUCAGGGUUUUUCUUUUUUCCCCUUAGAAUGGAUUUUGGUUUACCUACAAGGAAGGGGAUGAGAAUAGACCUGCAGUAUAGAUGGCUGUUUGGUUUAUAGCCAGGUUGAAAUGCUUCCCCAAACUAAGAUACGGAUGUCACCCCAUUUAUCUAAGUAGUUACCUGCUUGUUUUACUUCCUCACCCGCAAACAGAAUCUAAAGGUACAGUUUAGUUUUCACUCGAGUAAGCCAGCCUUGAGGGUUUGAAACUGGCAAAAGACCCUGUUGCAAUAUGAACAUUUAAGUUGUAUAUGGAGCACAGCGGGGAGCAACUCCGUUGUCUGUAAAAUGCCAGGGCUUGCCUAAAUUAGAUGAAGUUUUUGUUACUGUCUCUAAAGUUCAAACCAAACCAAAACCAAAGCCCUUUCUUUCACCUGCUAUUUAUGCAUACAUAGAGAACAAGUGCCUCCCAGACAUCAGGAAAAUGAUUUCCUUCAGAUUCUUUCGUUAACUUGGAUAGUAGAUGAGACUGGGAUCAUGCUGAUGUGAAAUUGUAGAUAUCUGAAUAGGAAUUCAAUGCUUUCUUCCUUAACAUGUCAAUGAUAUUCUGUGUAAACAUUAUCUACAAACUUAAACUUAUGCAAUACACACUAUUCAAAAAUGCCAAAAAUGAUAGCUGCAUACAUGCCAUUACUUAAUCUUCUAUAAAGCACUUACUCAUUCUUAAAUAUAUAUUCUUUUAAAAAUAGUAAAUACCUCAAAAGUGACAGAAAAUUCCUUUCUUCUCUAUUUAGCAAUUGCUAGUUUACAUUCAGAAUCUCAUGUACUUGGUUCUAAUCACUAAACAAUAAUAAAAAUAUAACUAUACAAUUAACGUUCUUGUGACCUGGUGAUUUUUGGACAUUUACUUUUCUCUUUAAAUCGAGAGCUUUAAGUGUAAAGGGCCAUGAUAUCUACAUAUUAAUUAUUAGCUAUUUAAUUGUUUUGAACAAUUUCAAUGUUGGCUUAUAAGUAAAUGAAAACUGUGGAAAUAUAUUCAUAAAGCAAUUGAUUCCUCACAUUGCUUUCUCUCUCUCCUGUUCUCCUUCUUUAAAUUCACUUUGAAGCUUUAGCUGUGCAUGGACAAAGUAAAGAAAAGAGAGAAAUAUUGCCUUUUAAAUGAUGGUCUUCCUUGAAAUUUUAUGAUGGUGUGUUUUUACCCAAGCAACAAAAACACUUUGAUGGAAUAUUAGGUCAAUUCAGUUUGCCGAGAACUUUAGGAACAAGGUUGAAGUCUAUAAGCCUAAAGCACACACAGUGUGAAAUUUACUCAGGUACUCACUGUGAUACCAAGAGGGGUGUGUCAUCUUGGAAGAUCUGUAUAAGACUUCUGCUUUAUCACUACUUAAGAACUCGAAAGCUCUUGCUUUGACAAACAUAUCACUCAACAGACUAAGCACUUCUAAAUUAGUAAGAAGGCUUGCCUUUGAAAAGUGGUCAGAUAAUCAUUCUAUUUCUUUCAAAGGCUACCAACCAUUUUUGGUCCAUGAGGUCAUAUAACAACUACUCUACAUGCUAUAGCAUCUGAAUUUUAAUGGAGUCUGAAUUUGAGGGUGAGAGAAUACAUUUGCUAACAUGAAUCAUGGGCCAAAUUAUCCCUGUGUGCUUUGCUUCCUAUAUAUGAAUGCAAAUGUUACAAAGAUGUGCUUGAAAUGUCAACAAAGUGUGCAGUUGGCAUUGCCAUGGCAUGAUCUACCAUGUGACACCUGUAUGGUGAACCUACUUCAGUUACUAUAAUAAAAAUGU